GGCGUGUGGCGGCGCGUGGAGGCCGUGGCGGGGCGUGAGGCAGUGCUGCCCUGCGAGGUGGGUAACUUUGAGGCGUCAGACAUGGUGUACGUGGUGCUGUGGUACAGGAACGGCGAAAAGGAGCCCAUCUACAGCUUCGACAACCGGCCGGGCCGCCUGCAGGCCGCCGAGGAACGCCACUUGGUCAAGAGUCGCCUGCUGCAGGGCCGCGCCACCUUCCGGCCGGGCCACCUGCCGGCGCUGCACAUCAAGCCGGUGGGGAGCAGCGACCAGGCCAACUAUACCUGCAGGGUAGACUUCCGUAUAGCCACGUCGCGGCGCACACACCUGAGUCUUCACGUGGUGGUGCCGCCGGAGCCGCCCGUCCUGAGGGUCGGGGGUCAACGGGCGACGGACGGGGUGCUGGGGCCGCUGCUGGAGGGCGGCGCCCUGGAGAUCACCUGCAGCGUGGCGGGCGGCGACCCUCCGCCAUUCGUCGUGUGGAGGCGGGACGGGGAGGUCCUGGAUGCCACGUCGGAGUCGCGGUCCCCGGCACUCACGAUUAACCGGCUCAGCAUCCUGCGGCUCACGCGAGACUACCACAACGCCAGACUCACCUGCCUCGCCUCCAACAAUAACCUCACCAGCCCCACCAGUGCCUCCGUCACCGUCAAAAUGAACCUGCGGCCCCUGGUUACGAAGAUAGAGGCCCCGCCCAAGUGGCUUCGGGUGGGCCGCGAGUUCGAGAUCUUGUGCGUCGUGGCGGGCAGCAGACCACACCCCAACGUGACUUGGACGCUCGGCACGCUCACCAGCCUCACGCCCCUGUCGGCCGAGACGGAGCACGGUGUCAACAUGAGCACUUCGCUCGUCAGGGUGGUCGCUUCCCGCCGCCUCCAUGGCCAGCGCCUCACCUGCACCGCCGUCAACCCGCUCUUCCCCGGCGCCAGACUCUCCGACUCAACGCUCCUCAACGUAACCUACCCGCCCGUGGCCACGAUGGAGCUUGGUCGCGGCGUGUCCUCGAUCGUGAAGGAGGGCGAGGACGUCUACUUUAACUGUAACGUGGAUUCCAACCCGCCGACCUACAAGAUAUCGUGGUUCAGGAGGAGCCAGGCGAUCCUUCACCACCCCGCGCAAGGCAUUCUGCUCAGUGGCAACAGCUUGGCCCUACGUAGCAUCACUAGGCGCCAGGCGGGGCCCUACACCUGCUCCGCCUCCAACGUCGAGGGGGACGCCCACAGCCCCCCGCUCACCCUCCACGUCAACUACGCUCCGGUGUGCGCGGCGGGCGAGGCGGGGCGGGUGCUGGCGGCGGGGUUGGGGCAGCAGAUCAACGUGACCUGCCAGGUGGAGGCGGCGCCGUCCGCGGUGAGGUACUCGUGGGUGUUCAACAACUCGCUCACCUCACACCGGCUGCCCGGCGACCAGGUCUUCAUCACGCCAGACGGAGGCAGCGCCGCGCAGUUCGUGGCCCGCACCCACCAGGACUACGGGACGCUGCAGUGCUGGGCCCAGAACCACGUGGGCAAGAUGACCCAGCCCUGCCUCUUCCACGUGGUGCCCGCAGGUCGCCCGGAGCAGCCUGCGCGAUGCCUCGUGGUAAACAAGACGUAUAACUCACUGGCGGUGGAAUGCACGCCUGGGUUUGACGGUGGCCUGCCGCAGGUCUUCAUUGCCAAGGUGUUCGAGGCAGUGACGGGACGGGGACAGGUGAAUGUGACCUCCGAGUCCCCGACCUUCACCCUGGUGGGCCUCACGCCUGGUCUCGACUACAUCAUCCAGGUGACGGCGAGGAACAAGCUGGGCAGCUCCGACCCCGUGAAGCUGGAGGCGCUCACCUACAAGAUGGCCGAGAACAGGAUGAGGAACGAGCAGGGCAGUGAAGGCGGCGGCGGCGGCCCUGGCGGCGGGGUGUUGCUGGUGAGCCUGGUGGUGGCUGCCGCUGUGGUGACGGUGGCAGCGGCGGCGGGCCUGGCUGGGCGCUGUCUCUGGGCACGGUGGCACGACAGAGAUCUGAUUACCGGUGGAAACAGGAACACAAGAGGCUACUCGGCGCCGCCUGAGAGGCACAGUGAACGGCUCUCAGAUGACGACGACGUCCACUUCGAGGUUCCAACGAUCAGGCUUGAGGCGCACUGCGAGCCCGGAACGCGCGUCGAGGACCACGCCCUCUAACGCCCCGCCGCCAGCAGCUCAGCGCCUCAGCCCAUCACAGCUCAGCCCAUAUUCACCCGUUUGAUCUCGAGACCCCUUAACCUUGUAUCUCCACUGCCUCCAUCCCUUUAACUUGCCCUUCAUCCCUCCCGACGCGCAGCAACCCAGCUCAACUCAACCCUUCAUCACCCUUUUGACCCCGAGACUCCUUGACGCCCCUGCUGCACUGCCAUCCUUUCAUCUCACCAUCUUUAUCUCCUAACCGACGCGCAGUAGCCCAGCUCAGCUCAACCAGUCACCCCUUUGAUCCAGAGACUCCUUGUCGCCCAUCCUCCAGCACCGUCAUCCCCUCAAGUCACCAUCCUCCUUUUCUUCCCGAUACGCAGUAACCCGGCUCAGCUCAGCCCAGGUUUACCUUCUGACCUCAUAUCCUUGUUACCCCAAGUACACCCUCAUUCCCUUCACGUCCACCACCCUCCCUCCGUCUCUCACUACUUCCUUCUCUCCCUCCCUCACACUCUUAUCGGUUUGCAGGAAACGCAUCCUUCUGGUUCUCACGUGACAGUCGGUGAGUUAUGUAGAAAUAUGGAGACGCUCUACGGUCUCGUUAAGUGCAGCCGCAGUGCUCACCUCCGUCUCCAAGGCCCCUGCCUGUGUUUGGUCGUGCUGUUAUUUAUCCAAGAUGUUCGUAGGGUAAAAGGUCGUCAUCAUUUUCACAGUAGCUACCUCCUCUAAGUGUAUCCAGAGGCACUCAUCUAUAGAAAGGCGUGAUGAGCAGCUACAAGCAGGGUUCGAACCGCAGUGCGAGCGAACUGGCAGUUCAGUUGGCAAAAACACUUCUCAUAAAACCAGCGCGACACCAGAGUAUUCCGGUCAAACAUUUAUCGCCAUAGUUCAACCCUAAAGCACCAGUCAGUAGCCAAUUGAUUUAUUGGUCAGCCAAUCAGGCAAUCAAUGUCCACGCCUUGCACAGAGUGGCUGCGUCAGGCCCGGCUGCUCCCCUUCGACAGUUUUGCGUUCCUCUCUGCCUGACGAACCACCGGGCAGCUAUUGCGAACUUUUUGCAAUGACCGCUACAGUCCAGCCCUUGUUAAUGACCAGUCAAUGAGUUAGCAGAGUGAUGAAAUAUUCACUGGCUGCAGCAGAGUUAUUAACUUUUUUUUGUUGUUGUUCGUGUACGUGUGUUUGUGAUUCAUACACGUUCGGAACACGGGAAGCAUUUGUCCGCUGCAUGUACUGAUUGGAGCAUUGCUUUGAAAAAUACAAAUACUCGUUUAUUAAUCCAUCGUAAUUUUAUUUCCGUGGACACAAAAACGCGCCGUUGCUGGAAUAUUUAGUUUUGAGCUGCUAGUUUUUUUUUUUUUUCGUAUCUCUGGACUGACAUAUUUCCCCCACGAUGAAGGAGAUGCAGAAGAAUAUAUUUUUUAUCUAAAUUUUAUUCGUUCAAUUACUUAUAAACUGUGCCAUGUGCAUAAUUCCCCCGCAAAGAUUUGACAGGCGGUGGCGAUGACGCAGGGGCGUGAGAGGAACACUGCGGCCGCGAGACAAAAGCGUCCUUGGUCAUGCUGUCUCGCGCGUGGGGGGGCGAUGAAAUACGCGGCGCGACGGCCGUGCUGAGGCCGUGCCGUGAGUUAUCGAGAGCAAGUGAAUACAUUAUGCAGAAGAGCCGACAAGCAGUCUCUCCACCCCACCCCCUCCAAUCACACUCUCUUUCACAGUCCUUCCCUCCCUUCCCUCCGACAAUCAGCCUCUCCUCCCUCCCACCCUUCUUCUUCUCCUUCUCAGCUCUUUCCCUGACAAGGCGUUGCUCCCCACUCCCAAUCCCUUCCCUCCUAGUCCUUUCUUCCCACCCUUCCUUCCAUCACCCUCUCUCCCUCCCUGUCUUCCUCCCGUCCCUCUUCGUCUUGUUGCUGGAGAGCCGAAAAGCAGGUCCUCCUCCUCCCUCCCCUUCCCCUUCCCUCCCCCCAUCACCCUCUCUCCCUUCCUGUCUUCCUCCCGUCCCUCUUCGUCUUGUUGCUGGAGAGCCGACAAGCAGGUCCUCCUCCUCCCUCCCCUUCCCCUUCCCUCCUCUCUCCCUCCUAUCCUCUUCCUGCCUCCCUUCGUUCCCUCUCAGCCUCUUUACCCUGGAUUAUGAUUCUCGUUACUGCCAACACAACAAACCCGACUCACUAUUAGAAAUGUAAUGGGAAUUUUUUUUACAUACCUAUACCUUCCCUCCCGCACCCCUUACCGCCUUCCUAUCAUCUUCUCAUCCCUUGCCCUGGUCAUUUGGAACCCUUCCCGCCAGCCCACGCGUCCCUCCCUCCUAAUCGAUCAUUUCAGUCGUUAGUGUUCGUCAUAAUGUAAAUAUCGGAUAUUCACUAGUUGUCAUGUGUAAUGUAUAUGUAGGUGUGAUAAGAGUUUUUGUAUGUAACAUAAAUGGCGUAUAUUUUUUACAGUCGACAUGGUACAGUGUUUCGUGUCCAUGUAUGAAGUG